AUGUUGAGAUCUGGGUUGGCAUUACACGCCGGUAGAAGGCUGUUGACAACAUAUGGCCCUGCUAUUGCUAAGAAAUCAGGCACCUUAAAGAAAAUCAUGUUUAGAACUGUCAUAGGGACGGCUGUGGUUUAUGGUGGUGGUGUGGCUUUAUCUGAUCGUAAUGAUCAGUUUGCUGAAUACUUUACGGCGUAUGUGCCAUUUGCUGAACCGUUACUCGAUAAAUAUGAGACGUAUAAAUAUUUGGGAUCUAAAAACAAAACUGCAAGCUACUCAUCUAGUGGGUUAAGAGAAAAAAUUAAUGAUAUAAUAUAUGGAUCGAAUGACAAACGUUUUGAAGAAACUUCUGACUCUGCACCUCCACUUGUCAUUAAUGAAGUGGUUGAACUAGUUCCAAUCGAGCUACUGGACCUGGAGUUGAUCCAAUUGGAUGAAUCUAUAACAGAACCAAAGUUUUUCAAAUUGGUUGAAGAUUUGAAUAGUACAAUUAAAACCAUCGUAGAUCAAAACAUUAAAUUGACAAAACCACAAAUUCAAUCAAUUAUUAAUUACUACACAGCUUUGAGGGAGACAAUUCACAUUUAUAAUAACGAAUUGCAACAGAACAUCGAUUCCUUUGUAAUUGAAAGAGUUAAUCAAUCAUUAGCUGAUUUAAAUGCAGAAUUCAAUGAAAAAAUCCAAGCGAAAGAAACUGAAUUAACAACUUCGUUCAUCAAUGAGUUCAACGUCUUGAAAGAUAACUUAGAACAACGCCACGCUGCUGAAUUAUCGACGGAAUUGAGAGCAAGUGAACAAACUUUAUCAGCAAAACAUGCAAACGAAGUCACAUUAUUAUCAAUUACUCAAGUGGAAGAAUUUACAAAGAUUAUUAAAGAAAAAGUUGACAAAGAAAGGGAUAGAAGAUUAGGUAAAUUAGGAGAAUUAAACAAAGAAGUCGAAACUUUAUCGACUUCAGUAGAAAAAGUAAAUAAAUUAUUGUUGAAGAAAGAAGCAACAACUCAAAUUACAUUGUUAUUAACCUCCAUAAAGCAAAAAUUAUUGGAACCGGCUACUCCAGAUAAUGGUAUCUCCAUCAAAAAAGAAUUGGACAAGUUAACUGUUUUAUCAUCAAUACUAUGCGGAGCUAAUACAAAUACUGCUUGUGAAUGUCCAUCAAAAUGUAAACCAACUUGUAAAUGUAAUGGAUGCUUGAAAAAGAAAAACUUAUUCAGCAUCACUGUUAAUGAAUUGAAUAAAAUUGUUAAAGAUAAAAAUAUCCUUUCAAAUGAACAAUUAUUAAAUAGAUGGUCUUUGUUAGAGAAAGAUUUUAAAACAUCUUCUUUACUUCCACAAAAUCCUGGUAUUUUGGGACAUAUGUCUGCUAAAAUUUUCUCUAUGCUUUUAUUUACCAAACGUGGUGUUUCUACCGAUGGUACCGAGUUAGACAGCAUAUACGCUAACAUUAACGAAAAUAUCAGACUAUCGAAAUUAGAUAUUGCUCUAACAGAUGCGGUUUCAUUGCAAGGGUGGCCACAUAUUGUUUGUCAAGAUUGGAUCGAAGAUGCUAAAUUAAAAUUAGAGGUCGAAUCCUUAGUCGAUGUUCUGGAUUCAGAAGUUAGAACCAUGUAG